UCAGAACCGACCAAGAACCGGACGACCCUGCUGGGACGGCGUUUUGGUUGAGCAUUUAGUGGAGCGUGUUUUUUUACCGUGGCAAUCUGGGCCCUCCUGGACCAUCCAGCACAGUGCGUUCCCGAUUAUCCGUGCCCCGCAGAACCGGCAGCCGGAGGCCAGCCCGAUUCCCUGCAGCCACCGUGCGGUUAUCACGACGGCAGCGUUGUUCUCGACUCGACGACGGGCCAGCCCGAGAACCAACCACCGUGAAAACCUGCUGGUCGACGCAAGGAGCGGUACGCAACGACGGCGGUGGUGCAAAAGUGCCCGGAAGAAGCGUUUCGAGUGCUUCAACCAAAUCGCUUUUCCAUCCUGUGUACAGUUAGUGAUAAAGAAGCGAACACAAGAACGGCCAGAAAGGCUCUAGGAAGCACAACAGCAGCAGCAGAGACACGACCGUCAUAACCAUCCUGCUCUACUACUGCCAGUGUGUAUUCUCGGUUUCGUUUCGUGUCGUCAGAGAAAAGGCCCUGGCCAAGUUUGUAAGAACAUUUUGUAAAGGCUUUCCAUUGGGAAAAAGUGUAAAUUGUGUAUAGAAAGCUGACUAGUUUGUGCGUUGUACUGGCAACGGCGGCGGAGAUUGUGUGGAGAGAGUUUCCAUUCUACGUGCAGCAAAUGAUCGAGGUGUACAUAAAAAAAGCAUAGCAAACGUUCCGUUCCGGAGAAGAGUGGUGAUCGACGGCCAAGGAUCGGUCGCGUUUUCUAGAACCCCGCAGACGCUGAAUCUGUUCCCUCAGUGCACGACCGAAAUAACCGAUCGUCGGACUGCUGUACAGAGAGUCAAACAGAGAGCAAGAGAGAGUGAGAGAGUGCGCGAGCAGGUGAGAAAGAGUGCGUGUUCGUCAACUAGCGAGCUCUAGCAAGCGGCGAAGUAACCCGCGGCUGGAUUUCACGCAUAAUUUUGGACCGUGACACGCCGCGACGGUGUGACGUGCGUGCAGAGUUUUGUUGUGCACUACCCACCCCCCCGUAGCAAAGCAACAACAAAACGCAAACCAACCAACCAACCAGUACGCAUCCAGCGCGCAUAGUAUGCUGUAAAUAUAUAUAAAGUGUAUGUCAUUUGUGUGAUUGUGUGUUCUGUCCCUCGAAUAGAAAAGAAGAAGAAGCAGCAGCAGCAGCAUCUACCGUAGCGUAAAUAUCGACGCCAGUGUUGGUCCAUGUUGGCUGCCUGUGUCUACGGAAUAGAAGCUCGAAGCUAACUCGUCGAAUAGCGAUCACGCACCAGAACCCGGGGUAGCCCGUGGGUUCGAGGUCGUGCAAAAGCGCGUCUUUCCCUAGCAGCGUGUGUUCUAGCGGUGCGGCGCGGGCCACAGGAAGUCGAUAAAUUAAGCGACAAAAGGGUUCUCGCUGCGGGUGCGUGUGCGUGUUCGUUCGCUGCUCCAUUGUGCUCCUCUCGUGCACACGGUUGUGCGUCAGUGUCUCAACGAGUGUGUGUCGUGUGUUUGUGUGCGCGGGUGUGUUUUAUCGUGUGCAGUCACAGGCGGUGCACUUGCCGCCACUUCGGUGCAACCGCAGCCGGAGGCAGAGAAAAGUGUUCAAUUGAAUGAUUAUUGGCUCACAGCGUCCGAAGCUGUGUGUGCGCGCGUCUCCUGUAUGUGUGUCUCUGUGUGUUUUGUAUAAAUUUCUAUUGCUCUUUGCUGCUGCCGGAAGAAGCAUCCAUCCUAGUGCUCCUGUUCGCGCUUCGCGUAGGGCUCGCUCUACCCACCCCCAAAAAGCAUUUUCAUCGAUCAAAGCGCAGUGUAAUGCACAUUCCGUCUGCCGUCUGGGUUGUGUGUGCUGCACAUGCUCGUCUGCUGCCAUCGUUACAGUGCUGCAGUUGCAUCGACAACCAAGGGUUGCUGCGUGUGGCCUCGGAUCGAUCCAUUCGCAAGUUCGCCAGGAUCUCGCUCGAUGCGAUGCUAGAAAUGUGUUAAAAGCCGUACGUCCGCGUCGUCACCUUGUACAGUGUAAAUAGUAAAGGGGGUAGAGAAGCAGAAUCGCAUACCUCUCCUCCUCCACCACAUCGCCGGUGUGUGUUUUGUGGCCAGUUCUGGUUGUGCGUGCGCGCUUGUGUGCCGGUGUGUACAGUGUAAAAGAUCAUCCUUCGCAUCGCGGCUCCGGUAGAUCAUUGUGCCGCGGUUGCGGUUGUGUUUUAUUGUUUGGGUGGGAGCAGAGAAGCAGGCAAAAGGCAUCAUUAGAAUCACUGCCGCGAAUUUUCGCAUUCCGAAUUUCCGGGCACCCCAGGCAGCCUCCUCCCGUAUAAAAAAGUGUUUGCUAGGAGGUCUCUGUGUGCACGCGAAUCUUCGCUGUUUCGGCUGUUGCAGCAACAAUCGUCGUUGUCGGAAGAAGGGCUUUCGUUUGCAAACGCAUACCCAUCAUCAGCACCGGGUGGCUGCGCACGCAAACAAGUCCCUUUCGAUUUUUUGUUAUCCGCCCGAGCGUACGCGUCUGUGCUGCGGCGAACGAAACAGUUUUG